UGACAAAUAUCGUAAUCAAAGCAUACUAUAUUUACAGUUUCGCAUUUUCUCACUAUUAAAAACAGACAUUUGACUACAAUUUGGAUUGAAAAACGGUCUACAUACUACUCUCUCACCUGCCGUCCCUGGCUGGAGGUACUGCUCAAAAUGUCUGUCGAGAAACAGUUUGGAAGAUCGGCCGUUCUGCAAGAAUUGAAUAUGUCGCAAUUUACAAAUUAACGAAGAAGCCUCCAAUACAACUGGGGAUACAGCAGCGUUUCCUGUGUGGUUCCUGUCCCCACUCUCGCCCUCGGUGAAGCCGCGGACACAUGAUCGUCAGGGGUUGCGGUGGGAGAUGGUACAUAGGAAGAGCGGAGAGGGAGAAUUCCGAGAGGGGGGCUUGCCUCGAGCCUUAUAAAACACCAGGAAAGAGGCUCUCCUUCCUGGUUGUUCUCUCACGGGAACUCUGGUAAAUCUGUGGCCUCCCAGGCCUUUCCAAGGGCAUUUCCAUCACAUUGGAUACCUGCCUGUGCCAGGUUGGUGGAAAAGGAGGCUGUGGAGAGGGUCAGGGAGAGGAUCAGACCCCUGUCACUGUCGCUGGGAGAGAGGAGGUGCCACAACAGAGACUAAGACAGGUCUGGGUCUAGACCUCUAUGCCAGGCUAGAUGAUGAAGAGCCUCCAGUUCAGAAGCAUCGCCCCCAAGGCCCCAGCAGCGGUAGUUCCCUCCCCGACCGCCGUCCUGUCCUGCCAGCAUCCCUCUGCCCUCCCAGAGGCAGCAUCUACAGCCGUCAGCCCUAAAUCCAUCCUGGUCCCGGCCCAGAACUAUGCCCUGAUGCAGGUGGCAGGACAGGAGGGCACCUUCUCUCUAGUGGCCCUGCCGCCCUCCGUAUCCCCUCAAUCUCCACAGCAACAACAGCCGCAGCAACAGACAAUCCAGAAGAACCUGAAGCUGCCCAUCCCCAGAUACCAGCCAAUGAGGGCCAAGAGCACCCCGGAGAAGGUCAAAUUAGCCACACCCACUGCCGUGACAACCCGGCCACAAAGGUCAAUAGCGGCAGUAAAAAAGAAGUUGUCAUCGCUGGAACCCAAGGAGGAGCCAUCAAAACAGGUCAUACUGAUCGACUCCACAGCCUCCUCUGAGAUCUCAGCCCUCACAGCCCUGCUCCCGGACAACGCUGUGCUCUACUCUGGAUCUCCACUGGAGCAAGUAGCAGUGGUGGACACCACCAUCAACCACAUGUCUACUCCUGCCCCCGGCCCGGGCCCCGUCACCAGCAUGCUGCAGAACCUCCAAUACCCAUCUGGUGGUUUUACUAAAAGCUCCCCAGUCAAACUGCCACAGGAAGAGAGCAACAUUAAGGUUGGCAUUAGGUCAUGCCAACCCAAGCCUGUAGCCCAACAGCCCCAUCCACAGCCAGCUAGUAGCAGCAUCACUGUCCUCUCUCCAGCCAUCUUCAGCAAAGCUGUCCAGAUUAUACCCUCCCCACCCAAAGGCAAGUUGCCCAUCCUGCCCUACUCGAACAUAAAAAGCACCCUCAUACCAGCCACCAAACUCAACCUCAACGCCAUGUCCCCCAAGAAGGCUUUCCCCAGCCAGCCUGGCUUGCCCGGCCUUACCCCGUAUCCCUCUGAUCCCCAGUCCAAGACCCCAGAGACUGCAGAGGCCCUCUGUCAGAACCACAUGCCAAACUCCCUGCUGCAGAGCCAGCCUCAGGCCAAGACCACUGGCACCCUGUCGCUGCUGGGAACGCUUCAGAUGCAGAAACCACCGGGCAAGAAGAGGGGGAGGAAGAGGAAGACAAUGGAGGAUAUUCUGGCCUUUGAGGCAAGGAAGAAGAGAUCCUUGUCGUUCUUUCGGAGGAGGGUUCCAGAUAAGCCUUCUCCUUCGGCUGUCAUCUCGCAGCAGAGGGAGGUGGACAUCUCUAAGAAGUACCGCAGCAUCAGACCCAAGCCUCACCACAUGCUGCUGAUGGAGACCGUUCCCCAGCUGGUCAGCCUGCCCUCCCUCACCUCCUCUGACAGCCUGGAACCAGAGCUCCUCGUACAGCACCAACUCUCUGCCAAGGUACUGGAGCCUGGUCCUCGCCAGCCCCAGUCAGCCUCGACCACGCUUCACCUGAGAGGGGGUAGUUCCUCUCAAAGGGUCUACCUGGGUAGUAGCCGGCCCCUCCACCACUGCCCCACCUGCAGCCGCUGCUUCCAGUUCAAACACCACUUGCAGAGCCAUAUGAACAGCCACACCAACAGUAGGCCUUACAUCUGUCCAGUGUGUCGUAAGGCCUAUGCCCAUUCCGGCUCGCUCAGCACUCACAUGAAGCUGCACCACUCAGAGGGCCGACCACGCCGGACACUUCGCUGUGAGUUCUGUGAGAAGGCUUUUGGCUACGUGGGCGUGUACUUCAGCCAUCUGAGGGAGGUGCAUAAGGUUAUCCUGACUGUGGAGCCAUCCAUCAGCCAACAUGAAGACGAUGUGCCUGUGGAGGGGGCGAUGUCUCCAGACCAGGGGGACGAGCAGGGCCAGGAGGAGCGCGAAGACCCGGUGGAGCUCCAGAUCAAAUGUGGUCGCUGUCAGGCCAUCACCCCCACCUUCGCCGACAUGAAGCUGCACCUGCUCUACGUGCACGGGGAGGAGGUGCAGGUGCACCUGCGGGACGGGGCUGGCGGGCUGGGAGGGGCACUCCAAGGGGGCCGGGAGGCUGAGGACGAGCUGGUGAAACACGCCGCGCACUACUGGCGCCAGCUCAAUGAGAAGAGGAACCUAGUCCGCUGUGGGAGCUGUGACGAAGAGUUCUUCUCCUUCUCCAAGCUGAAGCGUCAUAUCCUCUCCCACCACCAGGGGGGGACAGAGGACGAUGGGAAUGGAGAGGGGGAGCCGACCGGCCGCUCAGCCCGGGGAGGGAGAGGGGUCCUCGGGCAGGGCUCAGUGUUUAACUGUGUGCUGUGCAGCCAGGUCCUGGACAGUAAGGAGGAGGUGAUGGAGCACUGGGCGGUCCACCACCACUGUGAGGAGACCCAGGUACUCUGGGAGGCCCUCAGCUCCUACUCAGGGGACAGGGAGAUGGACUUGCCCUCUCACAGCCCACAUUAACAUGGCACUGGACACGUUUCAGGUUGUUUCCAUUGCAGUCAUGUUGCACAUCUCAGAUUGACUUUACUGAUUCUUUUUAGCUUCUAAUGAAGCGACGGUUCCAAACAGUGCAUCAGAAGAUUGCUAUACCAUAUUAACAUGGUUUCCGAUGUUAAACAUCUCCAGGCAUUGUGAGAGCUAAUAAUCGGGGCAGCCUGACUGCAAUAAAGACAACCUGGACGCACCGCACUCACUGUCUGUGUCUGUCUGAGCCCAUCCUGCACAGUGGGCUGCUCUCAAACACACGCAGUUAUUCCAUUUCUACACUAUCGAGCUGACCCCAAACAUACAGUGGGGACAUUUUAUUUUCAAAUGGUCCUUUGCGCCACAGUUCCAGCAACUAUGGAAUGGUGGAUGCCUAACCUCCUAACCAGGCCAGUGCAGUACAGUGCAGCUCAGCUCAGUAGUGUGUAAAUGGUAUUAGGCCGUACAGAGGUCAGUUAUAGCACAGGUUAGUUUGUUUGAGAAUCCUCCUGAUAGAUUAGUAAUUAUUAUAUGAUAUUUUAUGGACUGCACUGUUUUUUGUUAGUUCUGAUUUUGUGUUUAGGUUUUGAGUUGUGUGUUUUAAUAUUUUGUUUCAUAAAAUGGAAAGGAUAGGUUUUUUUUUGUAUUGUGUAUUUUAUUUUUUAAAAUUUAGAUACAUUAUUCGCCACAGACACAGUGAAACUGUUUGUUAAAUGACAUGAGUAAUUUGAAAGUACUUUUUGGUUGAAAACUAAUUAUAGACCUUGUGUCAAACUCAUUCAAUGUUGGGCCUUGUGUCUGCAGGUUUUAGUUUUUUUCUUCAAUUAAGCCCUCAUUAGUGACUUUAAUUAAUCAAGUACACAAGGGAGGAGCGAAAAGCCGCAGCCACUCUGCCCUCAGUGAAAUGAGUACGGUAAAUGGUAUAUGUCUAGCUAUUUUGACCUAGAGGAAAACCUUCUCAGUACACCAGCACCUGACUGAAACAUCUGAGGCCUUCUGAAAAUAGAUUGAGAACCUUAUUUCUGGCUAAUAAUCAAUAAAGGACUCAUAAACAGAUGAUAUAUUAUUAUAUAUAUUUGUUUGGGUACUCUGUGAUAAUGGAAAGGGUGAUUGAUUGACUACUGACAAAACUAGCUCAAUUUGUUACUAUUACAUUAAAGACUUUACAUAAAUGUUGAACUAAUGCUGCCAACUAUUAUUCAGUAUAAACCUGUGGAAUUGGUGCACUUGAGGUCUGUGUACAACAAAAUACAACUGUCGGUAUGUCUUCAAAAAUAUAACUUUUUAUAGUGCCUUCAGAAGGUAUUCAUAUCCCUUGACUUAUUACACAUUUUGUUGUUUCAGCCUGAAUUCAAAAUGGAUUAAAUAUAUGUUUGGAGAGCUCCUCGUCUUCAUGGUGCCGCUUGCUUGGUGGUUCCCCUUGCUUAGUGGUGUUAUUGACUCUGGGCCUUUCAGAACAGGUGUGUAUAUAUACUGAGAUCAUGUGACAGCUCAUAUGACAUUUAGAUUGCACACAGGUGGACUUUAUUUAACUAAUUGUGACUUCUGAGGGUAAUUGGUUGCACCAGAUCUUAUUUAGGGGGUGAGUACAUACAGUUGAAGUCAGAAGUGUACAUACAUCUUAGCCAAAUACAUUUAAACUCUGUUUUUCACAAUUCCUGACAUUUAAUCCUAGUAAAAAUUCCCUGUCGUAGGUCAGUUAGGAUUACCACUUUAUUUUAAGAAUGUGAAAUGUCAGAAUAAUAGUAAAGUGAUUUAUUUCAGCUUUUAUUUCUUUCAUCACUUUCCCAGUGGGUCAGAAGUUUCCAUACACUCAAUUUGUAUUUUGUAGCAUUGCCUUUUAAUUGUUGAACUUGGUUCAAAUGUUCCACAACCUUGCCACAAUAAGUUGGGUGAAUUUUGGCCCAAGCCUCCCCCUUUUUUCUCCAAACAUAACAAUUCUCCAAAAAGUACGAUCUUUGUCCCCAUGUGCAGUUGCAAACCGUAGUAUGUCUUUUUUAUGGCGGUUUUGGAGCAGCUUCAGCUUCCUUGCUGAGCGGCCUUUCAGGUUAUAUCGAUAUAGGACUUGUUUUACUGUGGAUAUAGAUACUUUUGUACCUGUUUCCUCCAGCAUCUUCACAAGGACCCUUGCUUUUGUUCUAGGAUUGAUUUGCACUUUUCGCACCAAAGUAUAUUCAUCUCUAGGAGACGGAAUGCGUCUCCUUCCUGAGCGUUAUGACGGCUGCAUGGUCCCAUGGUGUUUAUACUUGCGUACCAUUGUUUGUACAGAUGAACGUUGUACCUCCAGGCGUUUGAAAAUUGCUCGCAAGGUUGAACCAGACUUGUGGAGGUCUACAAUUUUGGCAGAUUUAUUUUGAUUUUCUCAUGAUGUCAAGCAAAGAGACACUGAGUUUGAAGGUAGGCCUUGAAAUACAUCCAAAGGUACACCUCCAAUUGACUCAAUGAUGUCAAUUAGCCUAUCGGAAGCUUCUAAAGCCAUGCCAUUAUUUUAUGGUAUUUUCUAAGCUGUUUAAAGGCACAGUCAACUUAGUGUAUGUAAACUUCUGACCCACUGGAAUUGUGAAACAGUGAAAUAAUCUGUAAACAAUUGUUUGAAAAAUUACUUGUGUCAUGCACAAAGUAGAUGUCCUAACCGACUUUCCAAAACUAUAGUUUGUUAACAAGACAUUUUUGGAGUGGUUGAUAAACGAGUCUUAAUGACUCCAACCUAAGUGUAUGUAAACUUCCAACUUCAACUGACUGUAUAUGCACGCACCACUUUUCCGUUUUUUUUGUAAAUUAUUAGCUAUUUUUUGAAACAAGUAAUUUUUUUAAUUUCAUGUCACCAAUGUGGACUAUUUUAUGUUUGUCCAUUACAUGAAAUCCAAAUAAAAAUCAAUUUACAUUACAGGUUGUAAUGAAACAAAAUAGGAAAAACGCCACGGGGAGGUCAAUACAUUUGCAAGGCACUGUAACUGACUUGCCUAGUUAAAUAAAGGUUAAAUAAAGUAAUAAAUAACUACAAUGGUGUCGAUCCAUCCUCAAGUUUUUCCCAUAUCACAGCCAAUAUACUCCGUAAAUGCUUUAGUCACCAUUGGCCUCAUGGUGAAAUCCCUGAGCGGUUCCCUUCCUCUACACCCAUCCAAAGUGUAAUUAAUGCACUUUAUGGAAAUGAAUACACACCAUCCGAAGUGUAAUGCCCAAACGGAUAUUCCAUUAAUGCUUUCAAAAAUAAUGUUAAACACUAUUAUUGAAAACAGAAUCCAUGCAAUUUAUUAUGUGACUUGUUGAUGAGCACAUUUGUACUCCUGAACUUAUUUUGGCUUGCCAUAACAAAGGGGUUGUAAACUUAUUGACUCGAGACAUUUCCACUUUUCAUUUUGAAUUCAUUUCAAAACAUAAUUCCACUUUGACAUGAUUGGGUAUUGUGUGUAAGCCGCUGACAAAACAUCUCCAUUUAAUCCAUUUUAAAUUCAGGCUGUAACUCAACAAAAUGUGGAAAAAGUCCAAGGGUGUGAAUACUAGACUGAAGCAAACUUGUAUGUACAUUUUCUUAAUGCUAUGAUUGGUCUUUGGAAACUGAGCAGAAAAGCCUGUUUUCUGUUUGCUUCUUAUGAUGGGGGAUGUUCAAUGUUGUGUUUCUUGGUUGGGAGAUUGACUUGUAGAGGGAUGGUAGAUGUGGUUUAAACAUUUGUCAGACUGUGUAACCUUUUUCGUAUGAAAAGAAAUCACAUGGUAAGUGAAUGUACCUUGAAUGUUUUAAAACCCUACCAAAUUCUAUAUAUACAUAUUGAAUAUAGACUUCUAUAGUUAGAUUAUAUAUAUAUAUAUGUAUAGCUAUGUAUAGAUACAGUAUAUUGAGAAUAUAUAUUUGCAUAGAAUAUAUAGUAAAUAUGCUGCUUUGUUCUAAUGGAGGAAACUAACUAGAAAGGAAUUUGUUUAUUAUCGUCAAACCGGCAACUUAAGCUGAGCAUAGCUCUACUUGCUUGUGUCUGGCACAGUGUCUUGCAGCACAAACAAAUCAAUGGUGUGAAAGUAAUCACAUAGCUAAUAUGUCUGUUUCACAAAAUGGUGACUGUCAAAACCUGGGUGAAAGUGUUUGUGGUCGUAGCUGUUAGUGAACCUGAAAACCUUACCUUUCUCAGAAUGAUACAAACGUAUGCUUUAUUGAAGAUGAUGAGAACUGUGUGAUGAUAUCUAACAAGAUAAUAAAUAAAUUCAUAUUUAUUUCCAAUAACAGUAUGUUUAUCCUGCUCAGGUAACUGUAGAACCAACCCUGUUGUACGUAACAAUAAAGUUGGAGGAUGAAUCCAU